AUGAGCGCCACGCUCAUGAAUCGAGAGGAGAUCAGAAUUCCCUGGAGAUCAGAAUCGAGAGGAGAUCAGAAUUCCCCGGAGAUCAGAAUCGAGAGGAGAUCAGAAUUCCCCGGAGAUCAGAAUCGAGAGAUCAGAAUUCCCCGGAGAUCAGGAUCGAGAGGAGAUCAGAAUUCCCCGGAGAUCAGGAUCGAGGAGAUCAGAAUUCCCCGGAGAUCAGAACCGAGAGAUCAGAAUUCCCCGGAGAUCAGGAUCGAGAGGAGAUCAGAAUUCCCCGGAGAUCAGAAUCGAGAGAUCAGAAUUCCCCGGAGAUCAGAAUCGAGAGGAGAUCACAAUUCCCCGGAGAUCAGAAUCGAGAGAUCAGAAUUCCCCGAUCAGGAUCGAGAGGAGAUCAGAAUUCCCCGGAGAUCAGAAUCGAGAGAUCAGAAUUCCCCGGAGAUCAGGAUCGAGAGGAGAUCAGAAUUCCCCGGAGAUCAGAAUUCCCCGGAGAUCAGGAUCGAGGAGAUCAGAAUUCCCCGGAGAUCAGAACCGAGAGAUCAGAAUUCCCCGGAGAUCAGGAUCGAGAGGAGAUCAGAAUUCCCCGGAGAUCAGAAUCGAGAGAUCAGAAUUCCCCGGAGAUCAGAAUCGAGAGGAGAUCACAAUUCCCCGGAGAUCAGAAUCGAGAGAUCAGAAUUCCCCGAUCAGGAUCGAGAGGAGAUCAGAAUUCCCCGGAGAUCAGAAUCGAGAGAUCAGAAUUCCCCGGAGAUCAGAAUCGAGAGGAGAUCAGAAUUCCCCGGAGAUCAGAAUCGAGAGGAGAUCAGAAUUCCCCGGAGAUCAGAAUCGAGAGGAGAUCAGAAUCGAGAGGAGAUCAGAAUUCCCCGGAGAUCAGAAUCGAGAGGAGAUCAGAAUCGAGAGGAGAUCAGAAUUCCCCGGAGAUCAGAAUCGAGAGGAUUCUGA